ACAAGAGAUAAUAGAUUCCAUUAUGUGCGCGUCAGCCAAAUACAACACCCGGGGUCCAGCCCUCAUCCCAAGGAUGAAAACCAAGCAUCGCAUCUACUACAUCACUCUCUUUUCCAUAGUUCUGCUUGGCCUAAUUGCCACAGGAAUGUUCCAGUUCUGGCCCCACUCCAUUGAGUCAACCAGUGACUGGACUGUUGAAAAACGCAGUGUUCCUGCUGAUAGCCCAAUUCCUGAGCGGGGAGACCUCAGCUGCAGGAUGCACACCUGCUUCGAUGUCUAUCGAUGCGGCUUCAAUCCCAAAAACAAAAUCAAGGUAUACAUCUACUCACUGAAAAAGUAUGUGGAUGAAUAUGGGAUGUCAGUGAGCAACACCAUUUCCAGGGAAUACAAUGAGCUGCUAACUGCCAUCUCUGACAGUGAAUUCUACACUGACGAUGUCAACCGGGCCUGCCUUUUUGUGCCAUCCAUAGAUGUCCUCAAUCAAAAUGCGCUUCGUAUCAAGGAGACAGCUCAGGCUUUGGCACAGUUAUCCAGGUGGGAUCGAGGCACAAAUCACUUGCUCUUCAAUAUGCUGCCUGGAGGGCCACCAGAUUAUAACACUGCCCUAGAUGUUCCUAGAGAUAGAGCUCUUCUGGCUGGUGGAGGCUUCUCCACAUGGACUUACCGGCAAGGCUAUGAUGUCAGUAUUCCUGUUUACAGCCCAUUGUCGGGGGAAGUGGAUCUGCCAGAAAGAGGACCAGGUCCUCGCAGGUAUUUCAUUCUGUCAUCUCAGAUGGCUCUGCACCCAGAAUACCGGUCUGAGUUGGAAGCUCUUCAAGCUGAGAAUGGGGAAUCAGUGUUGAUCCUAGACAAAUGUACAAAUCUGUCAGAUGGGAUCCCAGCUGUUAGCAAGCGCUGUCACAAGAAUCUUGUCUUUGAUUACCCUCAAGUGCUUCAGGAGUCUACGUUCUGUGUUGUUCUACGUGGAGCCCGUCUGGGACAAGCUGUGCUAAGCGAUGUUCUUCAAGCUGGCUGUGUCCCAGUCAUCAUUGCUGACUCCUACAUUUUACCUUUCUCUGAGGUUCUGGACUGGAAGAGGGCCUCUGUUGUAAUCCCUGAAGAAAAGAUGCCUGAAAUGUACAGUAUUCUGCAAAGCAUCCCCCAGCGACAGAUUGAAGAGAUGCAAAGACAGUUGAUGCUGACUCCUGUUUACAAGGAAAAUCUGUCAGAGAUGAAUGCAAAGAUAUACCCUCUAUCACAGUGGGAAGCAUCAAUUAUCAAUGAUAGAAUUUACCCAUAUGCUGCCAUUUCUUAUGAAGAAUGGAAUGAUCCCCCAGCUGUGAAAUGGAGCAGUGUGAGCAAUCCACUCUUCCUGCCACUGAUCCCACCUCAGUCCCAGGGUUUCACAGCCAUAGUUUUGACCUAUGACCGGGUGGAGAGCCUUUUCCGAGUCAUCACGGAGGUGUCUAAAGUGCCUAGUCUAUCCAAAUUGCUAGUUGUCUGGAACAACCAGAAUAAGAAUCCACCAGAAGACUCCCUCUGGCCAAAGAUUCGUGUUCCCCUGAAAGUUGUUAGGACUGCGGAAAACAAACUUAGUAACCGCUUCUUCCCCUAUGAUGAGAUUGAAACAGAAGCAGUGUUGGCUAUUGAUGAUGAUAUCAUUAUGCUAACCUCAGAUGAACUCCAGUUCGGCUAUGAGGUUUGGCGUGAGUUCCCUGACAGGUUGGUUGGAUAUCCAGGCCGCCUGCAUCUUUGGGACCAUGAGAUGAACAAAUGGAAAUAUGAAUCAGAAUGGACCAAUGAAGUCUCAAUGGUGCUCACUGGGGCAGCAUUUUAUCACAAGUAUUUCAACUAUCUUUACACCUACAAAAUGCCUGGAGACAUCAAGAAUUGGGUGGAUGCUCAUAUGAAUUGUGAAGAUAUUGCCAUGAAUUUUCUAGUGGCAAAUGUCACUGGCAAAUCAGUCAUUAAGGUGACCCCACGAAAGAAGUUCAAAUGUCCAGAAUGCACGGCAAUUGAUGGGUUAUCGCUGGACCAGACACACAUGGUGGAAAGAUCUGAAUGCAUCAAUAAGUUUGCCUCUGUCUUUGGGACCAUGCCUCUGAAAGUGGUGGAGCACCGUGCUGACCCUGUCCUGUACAAAGAUGACUUUCCUGAAAAACUGAAGAGCUUUCCUAACAUCGGCAGCUUGUAAAGGCAGCAGUGAGACAACCCUGAGUGGUGAAAACGAUGGCCCAAAAGGUGCUAUGAGGAAUAUAAGGCCCUGAAGAAAAAAAUUGCUAGAGAGUGGUUUACAUCUGAGGGAGAUCAGAAUUAAUGUUGUAUUCUGCUAUGUUGUCUUCCCUUUACAAAGAUGAAAUGGAAAGCUGAACAACUGCUUCUCUGUUGCUCAGAGAAUUGAAUCUAUUCAUGGGUCCUCCCAGAAAUGUCAAACACACACUUUUCUCCAAAGGAGGCUAUGCACCUGGAAGAAUAAAAC